AACCAACAGCGAUUACUCCUCGUCACCUUGACAGCAAGGUUUUCUUCGAACGAGUGUUCCAGCGUUUCAAUGACUUUCGAGAACUUCACCGUGAGAGCAUGUGGUGAUUGGGGAUCCCGCUGUGAAGCAUCGGCUACGGUAUGCGCCGAACAGGGUGGUUUCGGUCAAUGCCUCGUCUGUGAGGACGACCUCUGCAACCAUGCCAGUGGUCUUUUCUCAUUACUAGUUCUAGUUGCCACAUUUGGAAUUCUGUUUUGA